AUGGCCUCUUCUGAUGCUGAGUACCGGUGCUUCGUCGGUGGCCUUGCCUGGACCACUGACAGCAAUGGCCUUGCCAACGCCUUCUCUACUUACGGCGAUGUUACCGAUUCCAAGGUUAUUUUGGAUCGUGAUACUGGACGAUCAAGAGGUUUUGGAUUUGUGACGUUUGCUGCGGAACAAUCUAUGAGAGAUGCGAUUGAAGGGAUGAACGGUCAGGAUGUUGAUGGUCGUAAUAUUACCGUGAAUGAAGCUCAGUCACGUAGUAGAGGAGGAGGAGGCGGAGGUGGUGGUGGUUAUGGCGGAGGUGGUGGUUAUGGUGGAGGUGGUCGCCGUGAAGGUGGAUACAACAGAAACGGUGGAGGAUAUGGCGGUGGAGGAGGUGGUUAUGGUGGUGGAGGAAAUGAUGGCGGAAGAGAUCGUGGCUAUGGAGGCGGCGGCGGUGAUAGAUAUGGCGGUGGAGGCGGCGGUGGUGAUAGAUAUGGUGGCAGCGGUGGUGGUGGCUACUCUCGUGGUGGUGGCAGUGGUGGAAACUGGAGGGAUUAG